AUGGAAGACGAUUUAUUAGAUUUUGCAUCCGAUCAAUUAUUUAAAAAACCAAAUAUUCCCUCAAUAUCAAAUUCAACAACUGUUUCAACAAAUAAUAAUAAUAAUAAUAAUAAUAAUAAUAAUAAUAAUAAUAAUAAUAAUAAUAAUAAUAAUAAUAAUAAUAAUAAUAAUAAUAAUAAUAAUAGUGAUAAUUCUAAUAGUAUUAGUGAUAGUAGUGGUGGUGGAACUAUUAAUAAUUCAAUAACAUCUCCAUCACCUUUAUUAGGUCAACAGAUUUCUUUUACAAGCAAUAGUAGUGGUAGUAAUAAUUCUAAUUUAAGUUUAAAUAAAAUUAAUAAUAAUAAUAAUAAUAAUAAUAAUAAUGAUAGAUAUGAAGAAUCAGAAAUACUUCAAUCUCAAAAUACAGUAGAAAUUGAAGCAAUUCAAGAAAAUCCAACUCAUUAUAUAUCAAAAAUUCAAAAUAAUAAAAGAACAUAUGAAGAUAUGGAUAACUAUGAUAAUCCAACACUCGAUGAUUUAAUAAAUAAUACACAAUAUCCCUCAACUUAUGAACCUGAAAAUCAUGACAAUCAUAAUCAUCAUGCGAAUAAUAAGGAUUCUAAUGAUACUAAUAACAACAACAACAACAACAAUAAUAAUAAUGUAAUUAAUGUAAAUAAUGUAAAUAAUAUAAAUAACGGAAUUGAUAGAAAAUUACCAACUUGGAUGAAGAAAAAAGAUAAUGUCAAUGAACACGAAGAACAAUAUAAACAAGCUAUCUCAUCAUUUGAAGAAAAAACAAUAAAAAAACAAAAAAUAUCUGAUAAUGAUAAUAAUGACCAAAAUAAUAAUAAUAAUUUAGAAUGGUUAAAAUUAUAUAAAGGAUUUAAAGAAGUUGAUAUACCAAUUAAAAAAGGUAGAGUGAUUUGUUUUGAUUUAGAGACAUCAGGAGUUACAUCAAGUGAUACGAUCAUUGAAAUUGGUGCAGUUGAAUUAAUUGAUGGUUGUAGAACUGGUGUUAUCUUUCAAAGUUAUGCUCAACCUAAAGCACAAAUUCAUCCAGUAUCUGAACAAAUUCAUCAACUAACUUCACUCCAAUUAAUGAGUGCACCACCAAUUGAAAUCAUAUUGGCAAGUUUUAUGGAUUGGGUUGGUAAUUCACCUUUAGUAGCUCACAAUUUAGCUUUCGAUAAAAGAAUAUUGAUUCAAGAAUUAAUUCGUUAUAAUAUACCUUUCAAUAUUGACCAUAUUUGUUUUUGUACAAUGAAAUAUUUUAAAAAAAUUUAUAAUGGUUUAAAUUAUUCUUUAGAUUCAAUUAGUCAAAAAUUGAAAAUUAAUAAAUUAUUAUUAAGAAAAACACAUGGUGCUUUAAUUGACUCUGAAAUACUUGCGAUUAUUUACACACAUCUAUUAAUUGUUGACCCAAAUACAGCUGUAAAAAAAAUUAUUGCAAAUAGUACCACAAAUAAAUAA